AGGUUUAGAGUGUUUGAGAAAGGUUUGGAGAGAGCGGUUGCCGCUUGCUAUAUAAGGACAGUAGGACACCGGCAUUCUCAAAGAGAAGAAGAAAACGCUAUCGUAACGUAUUGCAAUACGUGUUUGUUUUACGCAUACAAGAAAGAAAGAGAUAGAGCCCCUUUUGCUUUGUACAAGCAAGAGAGCAGAGUGGGCUUUUUCUUUGACUAUGGAGGCUAUGAUGAACAGAGGUGUCUUUAGUGUUUCAUUGUGCGGUCAAGGGGAGAUUGAACCGUUGUCAAGGGAUGGUAGCCACUACAGUCUCUCCACGGGGAUUUUGCCGUCUCUGGGAGCUAGAAGUAACCGCAGAGUCAAGCUCAGGAAUUUCAUUUUGUCCCCCUAUGAUCGCCGUUACAGGAUAUGGGAGACAUUUCUCGUUUUGCUGGUCAUCUAUACUGCCUGGGUAUCACCGUUUGAAUUUGGAUUCCUUAGAAAACCACAGGGACCUCUCUCCAUUACUGAUAAUGUUGCAAAUGGAUUCUUUGCUGUGGAUAUUGUUAUUACCUUCUUCGUUGCUUACCUUGAUAAGGCAUCCUAUCUACUCGUUGAUAAUCGGAAGAAGAUAGCAUGGAAAUAUGCAAGAUCCUGGCUGGCCUUUGACGUAAUAUCAACAAUCCCUUCGGAGCUUGCUCAGAAGAUCUCCCCUUCUCCUAUCAGGUCGUAUGGCUUAUUCAACAUGCUUCGCCUUUGGCGUCUCCGAAGAGUUAGCGCCCUAUUUUCCAGAUUGGAAAAAGAUAAGAACUACAAUUACUUUUGGGUUCGAUGUGCAAAACUUAUUUUUGUUACCCUUUUUGCAGUUCACUGUGCUGGAUGUUUCUAUUAUUAUCUGGCAGCACGUUAUCGUGACCCCAAAAAAACAUGGAUUGGAGCAACAAUGAAUAACUUCCUUGAACAGAGCUUGUGGAUCCGCUACGUGACUUCGAUUUACUGGUCCAUCACUACUCUAACAACUGUUGGCUAUGGCGAUUUGCAUCCAGUGAAUACAAGGGAGAUGAUCUUUGACAUCUUCUUCAUGCUAUUUAAUCUUGGAUUGACAGCAUAUUUGAUUGGAAAUAUGACAAACUUGGUUGUCCAUGGGACCAGUCGGACCAGAAUAUUUAGGGAUACCAUUCAAGCUGCCUCAAGUUUUGCUCAGAGGAACCAACUGCCUAGUCGCUUGCAAGAUCAGAUGCUUGCACAUUUAUGUUUGAAGUUCAGAACAGACUCAGAGGGGCUCCAGCAGCAAGAGACUCUUGAUUCCCUUCCUAAAGCCAUCCGGUCAAGCAUUUCCCGUUAUCUUUUUUACUCUCUGGUGGAUAAGGUGUACUUGUUCCAAGGGGUUUCAAAUGACUUGCUCUUUCAGCUGGUCUCAGAGAUGAAAGCCGAGUACUUUCCUCCCAAGGAAGAUGUGAUCUUGCAGAAUGAGGCUCCCACAGACUUCUAUAUACUUGUCACUGGUGCUGUGGAUCUAAUUGUCCUCAAAAAUGGAGCUGAACAGGUUGUUGGAGAGGCGAAAACUGGUGAUCUGUGUGGGGAGAUUGGGGUACUCUGUUAUAGGCCACAGCUAUUUACAGUGCGGACCAAAAGGCUGAGCCAGCUACUACGGUUGAACCGUACCACAUUCUUGAAUAUUGUUCAGUCCAAUGUUGGAGAUGGGACCAUUAUCAUGAAUAAUCUCCUUCAGCAUUUGAAAGAACUUCACAACCCAAUGAUGCCAGAUGUUUUAGGGGAGACAGAGAACAUGCUAGCUCGUGGUAGAAUGGAUCUACCUCUUAGUCUAUGCUUUGCAGCUCUUAGGGGAGAUGACUUAUUGUUGCAUCAGUUGUUGAAACGGGGCCUCGAUCCAAAUGAAUCGGACAACAAUGGCAGGACAGCUCUGCACAUAGCAGCUUCGAAAGGAAGUGAGAACUGUGUGCUUCUACUACUUGAUUAUGGGGCUAAUCCUAACAGUAGAGACUCAGACGGGAAUGUGCCACUAUUGGAGGCUAUGGUGGGUGGUCAUGAACAUUUGAUCAAGCUACUGCUAGACAAUGGUGCAAAUUUACGCACCGGAGACACUGGUCAAUUGGCGUGCACUGCUGCUGAGCAAAACAACUUGACCUUGCUCAAGGAAAUAAUUCGUUGUGGAGGAGAUGUCACACAUCCCAAGACCAAUGGAACCACAGCUCUUCAUGCUGCAGUUUGUGAGGGCAACAUGGAAAUAGUCAAAUUCCUUCUGGAUCAAGGUGCUGAUAUUGACAAACCAGACCAUGAUAAUUGGACCCCAAGGGAUCUAGCUGAACAACAAGGACAUGAAGACAUUAAAAUCCUUUUCCAAUCCAGUCGAGAGCUGAAAACUCAACCCCUCGUAUCGACUCCUGAGAGGCAGAAUGGGGCUCGUUUCCUUGGGAGAUUUACUAGUGAGCCAACAAUCCGUCCUUUAUCCCAGGAAGACUCAUCACCCAGUGCAGCCGACAUAUCAUGGAGCCAAUCCCGUCCAAGGCGUAGGACUAGUAACUUCCACAACUCACUGUUUGGCAUAAUGUCAGCUGCCCACACUGGGGAGAAAGACAUUCUCUUCUCUGUUAGCAAGACAAGUAGUGCUUUGAAAUGUGAAGGUGCCCCUGCUAGAGUGACCGUUAGUUGUCUAGAAAAGGGAGAAGUUGCUAGAAAGCUUGUGCUACUUCCGAGGACUUUUCAGGAGCUACUUGAGAUUGGUGCUAAGAAAUUUGCGGUCUUGCCGACUAAAGUCCUAAGCAAGGAUGGAGCUGAAAUAGAUGGUAUAGAGGUUAUUAGAGAUGGCGAUCAUCUUACUUUUGUUAGCUGUGUUAGAACUGAAGAAUCUGAUAGCAAAAAAUCUCAAAUCAAUGGAUGUUUGUAGCACUUUUAGUACAUAUACGUGGAAUCUCCUUUCCUUUUUCCUGAAAAGGAAAAAAGAAUUACGCCA